AUGCACUUGAAGUUUUUUCUCUGUUUUUCUUUUCUCUCCUCUCUGUUUUUCUUUUCUCUCCUCUCUGUUUUUCUUUUCUCUCCUCUCUGUUUUUCUUUUCUCUCCUCUCUGUUUUUCUUUUCUCUCCUCUCUGUUUUUCUUUUCUCUCCUCUCUGUUUUUCUUUUCUCUCCUCUCUGUUUUUCUUUUUCUCUCUUUCUCUCUCUGUUUUUCUUUUUCUCUCUCUUUUUUCUUUUCUCUCCUCUUUUUUUUUUUUUCUCUGUUUUCUUUUCUCCUCAAUAAUAAUUUUUUUUAUAAUAUAUUGUGGAAUUCAUGAUCCUGCGUGUGUUGUCUAUUGCAACACAACUAAGAAAUGGUUUUGUAAUGGACGUGGUAAUACCUCUGGCAGUCAUAUCAUUAAUCACUUGGUGCGUGCCAAGGCUAAAGAAGUUACUCUUCACAAAGAUGGUCCACUUGGUGAAACAGUCCUUGAGUGCUACAAUUGUGGCUGCAGGAAUGUCUUUUUGCUUGGCUUUAUCCCUGCCAAAGCAGAUUCUGUUGUGGUGCUUCUCUGUCGUCAACCCUGUGCUACUUUAAGCAGCUUAAAAGACAUGAAUUGGGAUCCAAGUCAGUGGCAGCCCCUCAUCCAAGAUCGUCAGUUUCUCUGCUGGUUGGUAAAGAUUCCAUCUGACCAAGAACAACUUCGAGCUCGCCAGAUCUCUGCUCAGCAGAUAAAUAAACUAGAGGAGCUCUGGAAGGAAAACCCUGAUGCCAAACUGGAAGAUCUUGAAAAACCAGGAGUGGAUGAGGAACCCCAACAAGUUUUGUUAAGAUAUGAUGAUGCAUAUCAGUAUCAAAAUAUCUUUGGUCCUCUGGUUAAACUGGAAGCAGAUUAUGACAAAAAACUGAAGGAAUCCCAGACCCAAGACAACAUUGUUGUCCGUUGGGAUGUUGGAUUGAACAAGAAGCGAAUUGCUUACUUCCGCUUACCGAAGGCCAAUGAGGAGAUGAAACUGAUGCAUGGUGAUGAGCUGCGAUUGCGUUACCUGGGUGAGCUACAUAAACCUUGGUCUGGAGUGGGGCAUGUCAUAAAAAUACCUGAUAAUUACAGUGAUGAAGUAGCCAUUGAACUGAAGAGCAAUGCUGGUGUACCUGUGGAGUGCACGCACAAUUUUGUUGUAGACUUUGUAUGGAAGUCUACUUCUUUUGAUAGAAUGCAGGCAGCUUUGAAGACGUUUGCAGUUGAUGAAACUUCUGUCUGGGGUUACAUCUAUCAUAAGCUUCUUGGCCAUGAAGUAGAGGAUACAGUGCUGAAAUGUCAGCUGCCCAAGCGCUUUACUGCUGCAGGCCUCCCUGAACUGAACCAUUCCCAAGUAUAUGCUGUCAAAACUGUGCUGCAGCGUCCUCUCAGCCUCAUUCAAGGACCUCCAGGAACUGGGAAAACUGUGACAUCUGCUACCAUUGUCUAUCAUCUGGUCAAGCAAGGCAAUGGCCCUGUGUUGGUCUGUGCACCAUCAAAUAUUGCUGUCGAUCAACUCACUGAAAAAAUUCACAAAACUGGAUUGAAGGUUGUGCGAUUGUGUGCCAAAAGUAGAGAGGCCAUUGAUUCUCCAGUCUCUUUUUUGGCCUUGCAUAAUCAGAUCCGGAACAUGGACAGCAUGCCUGAGCUGCAGAAACUGCAACAAUUGAAAGAUGAAACUGGUGAGUUGUCAUCUGCUGAUGAGAAGCGUUAUCGGGCCCUUAAGAAACAAUGUGAAAAAGAAUUGCUUCAGCAUGCUGAUGUAAUCUGCUGCACUUGUGUUGGCGCUGGGGAUCCUCGACUGGCCAAGAUGCAAUUCCGUUCAGUUUUAAUUGAUGAAAGCACCCAAGCAACUGAACCAGAAUGCAUGAUUCCUGUUGUUUUGGGUUGCAAACAGUUGAUUUUAGUUGGUGACCAUUGCCAGCUUGGUCCAGUGGUCAUGUGCAAGAAGGCUGCCCGUGCUGGUCUCUCUCAGUCACUUUUUGAACGUCUUGUGGUCCUUGGUAUUCGUCCCAUUCGUCUACAAGUCCAAUAUCGUAUGCACCCUGCACUGAGUGCAUUUCCCUCAAACAUUUUCUAUGAAGGAUCUCUACAAAAUGGAGUCACUGCUGCUGAGCGAACCAGGAAGACAUUGGACUUCCCCUGGCCUCAGCUUGAUAAACCAAUGUUUUUCUACACAACUGCUGGCCAAGAAGAAAUCUCCAGCUCUGGAACAUCUUAUCUUAAUAGAACUGAAGCAGCAAAUGUUGAGAAAAUAGCUACAAGGUUUCUUCGCUCUAGCAUCAAACCAGAGCAGAUUGGUAUCAUUACUCCAUAUGAAGGACAGAGGGCUUAUGUGGUGCAGUAUAUGCAGUACAGUGGUGCCCUUAAUAAGAAAUUGUACCAGGAAAUUGAGGUUGCCAGUGUAGAUGCUUUCCAAGGACGUGAAAAAGACUUUAUUAUUUUGUCUUGUGUCCGAUCCAAUGAGCAUCAAGGAAUUGGGUUCUUGAAUGAUCCUCGACGAUUGAAUGUUGCUUUGACUCGAGCUCGCUAUGGCAUUAUUAUUGUGGGAAAUCCUAAAGUGCUAUCAAAGCAACCUCUUUGGAACCACUUGUUGACCUAUUACAAAGAGCAGAAGUGUUUGGUUGAGGGUGCCCUCAAUAAUCUGAAGGAAUCUCUUAUUCAGUUUAGCAAACCCCGGAAGUUAGUUAAUACAACCAACCCCGGAGGACGUUUUAUGAGCAACACUAUGUUUGAUGCCAGGGAAGUCCUUAUUCCUGGCAGUGUCUAUGAUCGUCUUAAUGGAAAGCCUGGACCUAAAGGAUUUACUCCAAACUUUUCAACUGGAGUCAGUCUUCGUGAGCCACUGGUUCGUCCACAUGACCAACUCAGCUAUAUUGCCUCAGAAAGGACUUUUGCAAAUGCCCUCAACCUGCCUGUGCCAGUGAGCAUGUUCAUGCCCCCAAUUCCUGCACACUUUUCAAAUCAGCAGCAACAGCAGCAGCAACAGCAGCAAGCAGCAGCCAAUGCAGCCAAUCGUGGUAAUAAUGUUCGCAAGAAUCGCCCGAGCCGCCAAAAACCUCCGCGGUAUAGCACUACUCAGCAAAAUUUGGCUCAGCAAAAUAUAGCUCAGUCCAGCCAAAGCCAGGCUAGUCAGGAUAUCUCUCAACCAUUCUCCCAAGGUCCACUGACUCAAGGUCAACUGUCAAUGAGCCAGCCUUUCCAGAUGAGUCAACCUGGCCUCUCUGGCCUUUCGCAACCUGAACUUUCCCAGGAUAGCUUCUUGGGUGAUGACUUUAAGUCUCAGGCUGAUGGCUUGCUUUCACAAGAUUCCACCUACCAAGGCGACAGGAUGUUCUACGCCUCGCAGCUCCCCCCCUGUGGCAGGAAAAGUAGGCUUGAUACAAGAAGGCAGAGGAUACAACUAACUACCAGUGUACGAGGCUGCAGUGUCUGUCUGACCGCCGGAGAGAGAAGAAACCUACAAAACCCACUCGACGACGAUGACGACAAAGUCUGCUGCACGUGUGAGUGUCACAAGUGUACUGGAGGAGGAGGAGGAGGAUUUGUGCAAAGGGAAGCUCCAAUACUUCUGCCCAUUCUUACCUCCCCCCCUACUGCUGCUGCUGCUACAAGCAAGGUGGCAGCUGUGAUGUUGGUGUGGUGCUCACUCCUCAUUUCUCCCCCCCCUCCCUACCUGCUGCCACCCACUCACUGCCGGCCAGUCCUACUGCAGGCUGAUGGCACUGACAGCAGACGGCAGACACUGGCCUAA